GCCGCCGCAAGGACUGACUGGCGCCCUCCCCGCGUCCCUGCUCCUGCGCCGCGCCCCUCCGGCCAGCAUGAGGCUCCUGACGGCCGCGCUGCUCCUGCUGCUCCUAGUUCUGUGCGCCGCGCGCGUGGACGGGUCCAAAUGCAAGUGCUCCCGGAAGGGGCCCAAGAUCCGCUACAGCGAUGUGAAGAAGCUGGAAAUGAAGCCAAAGUACCCGCACUGCGAGGAGAAGAUGGUUAUCAUCACUACCAAGAGUGUGUCCAGAUACCGGGGUCAGGAACACUGCCUGCACCCCAAGCUGCAGAGCACCAAGCGGUUCAUCAAGUGGUACAACGCAUGGAACGAGAAGCGCAGGGUCUACGAAGAGUAGGAUAUGAGAAGACUGAUAUGGAAACUCCAGACUGGAUGGGAGACUUGAGCAAAGGACUUUGC